ACGUGACAGGUCCGCGAGGUCCCGCUCGCGCAGUCGUCUGGGCGAGCGAAGAUGGCGGCCGAGAGGGAGCCUCCUCCGCUAGGGGACGGGAAACCCACCGACUUUGAAGAGCUGGAGGACGGAGAGGACCUGUUCACCAGCACUGUCUCCACCCUAGAGUCAAGUCCAUCAUCUCCAGAUCCAGCUAGCUUUCUUGCAGAAGAUAUUAGUACGAACUCCAAUGGUCCAAAGCCCGCAGAAGUUGUGCUAGAUGAUGACAGAGAAGAUCUUUUUGCAGAAGCUACAGAAGAAGUUUCUCUGGACAGUCCAGAAAGGGAACCUAUACUCUCCUCAGAACCUUCUCCUGCAGUCACACCUGUGACCCCCACAACACUCAUUGCUCCCAGAAUUGAAUCAAAGAGUAUGUCUGCUCCUGUGAUCUUUGAUAGAUCCAGGGAUGAGAUUGAAGAAGAAGCAAAUGGAGAUGUUUUUGAUAUAGAAAUUGGUGUAUCAGAUCCAGAGAAAGUUGGUGAUGGCAUGAAUGCUUACAUGGCUUAUAGAGUAACGACAAAGACUUCUCUUUCCAUGUUCAGUAAAAGUGAAUUUUCAGUUAAAAGAAGAUUUAGUGACUUUCUCGGUUUGCAUAGCAAGUUAGCAAGCAAGUAUUUACACGUUGGUUAUAUUGUGCCACCAGCACCAGAAAAGAGUAUAGUAGGCAUGACCAAGGUCAAGGUGGGUAAAGAAGAUUCAUCAUCCACAGAAUUUGUAGAAAAACGGAGAGCAGCUCUUGAAAGGUAUCUUCAAAGAACAGUAAAGCAUCCAACUUUACUACAGGAUCCUGAUUUAAGGCAGUUCUUAGAAAGUUCGGAGCUGCCUAGAGCAGUUAAUACACAGGCUCUGAGUGGAGCAGGAAUAUUGAGGAUGGUGAACAAGGCUGCCGACGCUGUCAACAAAAUGACAAUCAAGAUGAAUGAAUCGGAUGCAUGGUUUGAAGAAAAGCAGCAGCAAUUUGAAAAUCUGGAUCAGCAACUUAGGAAACUUCAUGCCAGUGUUGAAGCCUUGGUCUGUCAUAGAAAAGAACUUUCAGCCAACACAGCUGCCUUUGCUAAAAGUGCUGCCAUGUUAGGUAAUUCUGAAGAUCAUACUGCUCUAUCUAGAGCUUUGUCUCAGCUUGCAGAGGUUGAGGAGAAGAUAGACCAGUUACAUCAAGAACAAGCUUUUGCUGAUUUUUAUAUGUUUUCAGAACUACUUAGUGACUACAUUCGUCUUAUUGCUGCAGUGAAAGGUGUGUUUGACCAUCGAGUGAAAUGCUGGCAGAAAUGGGAAGAUGCCCAAAUUACUUUGCUCAAAAAACGUGAAACUGAAGCAAAAAUGAUGGUUGCUAACAAACCAGAUAAAAUACAGCAAGCUAAAAAUGAAAUAAGAGAGUGGGAGGCAAAAGUACAACAAGGAGAAAGAGAUUUUGAACAGAUCUCUAAAACAAUUCGAAAAGAAGUGGGAAGAUUUGAGAAAGAACGAGUGAAAGAUUUUAAAACUGUUAUUAUCAAGUACUUAGAAUCAUUAGUACAAACACAACAACAGCUGAUAAAAUACUGGGAGGCAUUCCUACCUGAGGCCAAAGCCAUUGCCUAGCAAGAAGAUUAUUCCUGUUAAGAAGAUCUUGGAUGCUUGUUCCAGUUAUGCAGAAUUCCAUAGUGAAAUCAUUAAAAACCAUCUAAAUAAACCACUAUAUAUUUUAUGAAUUACAUGUGGUUUUUUAUAAAUAUAUAUUCUGACAUUUUAUUACAAGCUGCAUGUCCUGACCCUCUUUGAAUUAAGUGGACUGUGGCAUGACAUUCUGCAAUACUUUGCUGAAUUGAACACUAUUGUGUCUUAAAAUACUUGCACUAAAAAGUGCGCUGCGAGGCCAGAAAAUUUUACAAUAUUUUUUCUUUACAGUUAUGUUCUGUAGUGUGUUCACCCUCUUUAUGAAGUGAAUUAUCAAUGCAUUGAUUAAUGUUCACUUAUACAUUCCUGUACAGAAAUUAUGAUUUUGUGAUUACAGUAAUAAAAUGAUAUUCCUUGUGAAGUAUUAGUAACAAAUUAUUUGGGUAUGUAAACAUAUUAGAGAUCUUUUGAAAGCGUUUUAAUACAAAGAAACUUUUUCCUUUAGAUGUAUUUAGGUGAUGCUAUGAUCAUUAAUUUUUUAAUUGACCAAAAAAGCUGAACUCUUCCAUUACUAAGUCACUAAAUGAAGGUUAAUUAAGUUUUGUUUUUGCAAAAUCAUCAUAAACCAAAGAACAUUUAUCUCUUGGUUCAACUUUGGGGAAUGCUUUUGUCUUGAGUAAAGGAGUAAUAGUUGUCUUUGCUUGUUUUUUAUCCUUUCCUAUUAUAAGUGCCCAAUUUAACAAUUAAAAAAAUAUUUAUCUGUUUCUGUUACAGGUCCUAUGGAUUUUGCUCAUCUUCUAUUACCUUCAAAGUCUAAGACUUUUCAUAUAUUUAAUUUAUUCCUUACCUUGCCUUUAUUUUUUGUUUUAAGCUAAAAGAUCAUCUGUGGUCAUCAUUGACAGAGAAAAGUGUUGUGCUAAAAUACCCAGUUAUUUGAUGAACAACCAAUGGUAGCGCAAAGAAAAUUUGAAGUAAAGUGAAAUUUGUCUUUGGCAGCCAUCUCA